AUGUCGGACCCGGUGAUCUCCAGGGCGGUGCUGAACCGACUGCAGUCCCCUAGCGAACUCGCGUUCGCUCAGCGCAUUUUGCAGCGUGUUGCCUCAGCUGCUGAGCUCCCCGAAGUCGCAGCAGCUAUGGCGCGAGACACCAAUCACAAUCCUGCCAGCGCCUCCCACUCCCCGGCCCGCGAUGCGUUCCUGGAGGCCGCUGCGCUGUCAAGCCCUGGGGCCCGCUAUGCACGGGCAAGCGAGGCAUUGGUGCGUUCCUUGCCGGUUCAUCUCAACGAAGAAGCUGCGGCAGCAGCGCGCUCGCUAAGGGAUCUGCGCUGUGAGUUCAAGCGCUUCAGCACUCUCUACUCUGACGGUCACUUGCUCCCCUUGUCAGUGUUCGUCGCUGCACUGCAGCUGCAGCCCUCCGAAGAACUCCAGCGCCGCCAUUUCUCCUUUAGCGCCGAGUUAAAACUCCUAAGAAACGAAAUGCUCAAAGAAUACCUCCGCAUCAAACGAGCGAUCGUCCUGCAGCCGCGCUUCGCAGCAACAGGCCCCAUUAGAGGGCCGUCUAGUUACACCAACGAGAACAACAGAAGCGCAAACUCCAAUAGAGUAACAGCCCUUUCCAGAUUCUCCUGGGAAGCCAAGUUGUGUCAGCGGAGCUGCUUAGUUGCUCGUUGGGAGGCGUUUGAGCGUCGGUGGUUGCAAGAGAGGGAGAGUCAUGCGGUGGUGGCGCUUCAGCCGCUAGUGUCUGCUAUCGCUGCAGCGGAGGCAGUGCUGAAGAGCAGCAAGCAGCAGCUUGUGCUCCCGGAACCUUCGGCUUCCAAGCAACGCGUGUGCACCUACAGAGCCCUGCGGGCCUUCUGCAGCAGCAUCACCGCGUUAGCCCGUGACCUGCUUCCUGUCGACUCUAGCUGCCUUUUCCUCGAGGCGAGCACUCUUGUGUUGGCUGCUGCCAUUGCAGAAGCAGCAGCUCGAGCUGCAGCGGAGAGGGCCAUGGAGAGGCGCAGUCCCCAUAUGGCUAACAGCGGGCCCCAUGCUCACAGACAUCCUUCCUCGAUGUGUGCAUUUGAGACUUUCGGUGCCCCUGUGCAACAGGCCGAAGCACAGGAGGCGCUUGGCGAAAGUAGGCAGGCUACUGCCAACAACGGACGCGCAGGGGUAGUAGAGGACGUUUUUGCUGAUCUCCACCUGGCUGGUCUCACUGCAGAAGCCCGGGUGGAUGAGGAGGAUGUCGUCGUGUACUCUGUGAAGCGGCAGCAACUGAGUGCUUCGCGCUCCUUGCUGUCGCGCUUUUUCGAGCUGUUGCGGCAGGUGUGGGAGGCUCGCCUCUGCCUCACCCACAUGGGUCCCCUGUUAACCGUCAGCCGUCCCUCCCUCGUUGACGCCCUCUGGAACUUUGACGGGGCACAUUCUGGUUUCCUGAGGCCCCUGCCCCUCUCCCUACAACCCCUUGAAUCACAGGAUAACUCCUCUCCACUCUCCUAUCCCCCAGUGGAUGGUGGACUCGUACAGCCAGUGUUGGGGCAAUGA